GUGUGUUCGUGUGAAGAUAUAUAUGAGGUGUUUUCCGGCGAGGGUUAUGCACCGGAAACUCGCAAACCUGGGAAAGCACGGAGAGGUAACGUUGGAGAGGAUUUUCGAUUGCAUCCAUGAAAUCACCACGGCUCUCGCCUUCUCUAGGAUGAUCCACUCAGCGUAUCGUGCCCAAACCACUUCGUGCAUCGCCCAAUGGCGGAUCGACAACCUCGCCGUCUGCACAUACCGCAACUCGGAACCUUUCAAGAUCGGUAGAUGGAAUUGGAAUUAGAGAACUUCUAUUACACAAUUUCAGAAUAUCUGAUCAGAAUAUGGAGGGUUCUCGUGUCUGCAAGAGUUGUGGUACUAGAGGGAAAGUUGUCACGGACCAUGACACGGGCAAUUCGGUUUGCACAUCUUGUGGCGUUGUUCAGGAUUUUGACAAUUUUCAGGCUCAUAUUGGGGGCAUUAAUGGUCCUGUUGGUACAUAUGUUCGUGUUGGAACUGUCGGCAAUGGAAGUCUUUAUAGUUAUAAAGAGACUAAGAUUUAUGAAGCACAGAAGGUGAUUGAGGAUUUGAUGUAUAAGUUAGGAUUUUCAGCGACAAAAUCAAGUGAGGUUAAACAUAUGAUUGAGAAAAUUACUGAAGGUGAAUAUGGUCAAGGUAGAUGGUUUUCUGUGCUUAUUGGUGCAUGCUCUUACAUUGCCAUGAGGAAGGAUUUGAAAGCGUUGCCCAUGGAGGAAGUGGCGAAUUUGGUUGGUUGUGAUGUUUUUGAAAUGGGCCGAAUGAUCAAACGGGUUGUGGAUUUUCUUGAUUUGAGGUUGCCAGAGUUUGAUAUUGUGAACUCGUUUGAACAGGCAAUUAGAAGCUGUCCAAGUUUUAGGGAGGUUUCGGAGGACAUGAUCUCAAGGAUGUUGAAGCAAGGGGUAUUUUUGGUGCAGUGCUUGGUGAACUGGUUUGUGACAACGGGAAGGAGGCCAAUGCCAGUGGUCGCAGCAGUGUUGGUGUUUGUUGCAGAGCUAAACCAAAUUUCCAUUAAGAUGGGAGAUGUGGCAAGUGAGUUACACGUGGCCCUCAAAACUUGUAAAUUAAGAUACAAAGAGCUUUUGGAGAGACUCGUAAAGGUUGCCCAAGCCUUGCCUUGGGGUAAGGAUGUUAACACAAAGAAUAUAAUGCGGAAUGCACCAUCUGUCAUUCAGUAUAUGGAGUUGAAGUCAAUGUCAAACCGCGAUGACAAGGGAAAUGGUUCUGAAUGUGCUGUUUAUGAUAUGAAUUACUUGGUUGGUGACUGCCUGAGCAAGGAAAAUUUAUAUGGCUAUGAUGUUUAUGGCACUGAAAAUGAUUCGCAAUAUUUCAAAGGUGAAAACUCCCAAGCUUUGUACACCGAAGCUCCAGAAAGAUUACAGCUUUCUCACGAGUCCUUGUCAAUGAUUUAUUCAGAAUUGAAGAAUGAGGUGUCUAUAGCCAAGGAAACUACUGAGAAUGGAUACACCAGAACAGGGAAAGGGAGAGAAUAUGACAUACUUACUUUUACCGACUGGUGGAAGGGUGAAUCAGAACUAAGCAGAAAGCUUCUUCUGAAGCAAAUAUUGGAGAAAGAUACGGGGCUAAAUGCUACACCUCCUUCGUUCGAUAGAGGUUGCUUGGCAUAUGAAAGGCGAAGAGAGAAGAUAUAUGCUGCUAAGCUGCGCAUUCAGAGGACUAUGCAUCCUUCAGCUGCUGCUGCUGCUGACGAUGAUAAAAAGGAUCUUUCUGUUUCAGAUAUUGGUAAACAUGGGAAGAAAAGAAAGAGGAAAAUGCAUUUUGAUAUUGAUUGGGAAGAUUUCAUUAUUGAAACGCUUCUCCUUCAUCAGGUCAGAGAAGAAGAGAUUGAGAAGGGGCAUUAUAUUGCAUUGCUGGGUCUGCAUGUUUUCAAUGGCGGAAGUUGAUUCAUGUAAAUGCAUUAAGUACCAAAAAUUCUCAAUCUUUCUAUCAAAUUAUCUAAGAUGCCAAUGUCAAAGUAUUUUUAAUUUCUUGUGUGAAAUUAUACAAUAGCCCACAGUUUUGUUACAAGGAGUGGGAAAUAUGGAUUUGAAUCCUAAUUUUCUGUUCUCUUUGCCACUUAUUUUUCAAUUAUAUACAGCGUGGUGCUGCCAGCAUGCCUGGAACAUUCUUCUUGCCACAGAUUACACUAAUGCUUAAUGUGUACAGCUAAUGGUGAUUUGCUGAACUGUGAAUUCUUGCAAAUGAAGGGCCAUUUGCCUCUCAGACAUCCAUUGUUAAACUGUUAUAUGAGGGAAACUUUAAAGCUUAUUGAUUGGUACAUUCUUGGAUAAAACCUGAAGGUCGAAGGUCAACCACAGAUUGGAAAACAUUUGUGCCCAAUGGUGGACCCAGUUUUGGCUGGACAACAGAAUUUCCUCGCUGAACUUGUUGUGUCGUUGAACCGAUUUUGGCUGUUAUAUAAUGUCAGGGAAAUGCUUGGUUCUAAAGGGAAGAGUAAUACCCCAACCGAAUUUUGAAGCAAAAGUGAGCAAGCUUGUCGAGCUGGGGUUGGGAAGGGCAUCAGUCAUACAGGCUUUGAAGUUUUUCGACGGCAAUGAAGGACAAUUAGCUGCCUAUCUUUUUGGUGGUUGACGGGCAACUUUAUUCUUGUACACCAAUCGCUUGUUUGAUCAAAGGCUCGAAAGAACUUUUUCCAGUGUGGCCCUUCAUGAAGCAGGCCAGGAAGUGUGAGUGGAAUAACGAGAAUUAAUUACCAUUUUUUUUAAUGCUGUCGUUUAUUCUUUCCUAUGUAUCAUGUUAUUGCAGAAGUUAUAAGAUUUACAGAUUUGAAUAUCUUUCCAACUUGUCUCCCUGUGGGGGUUGAUGUUGAAAGCUUGAAAUGAACGGACCAGAUUACACAAGAAACUGUUGAUUAUGUUGCUA